CUCCUCUGCGCCCCACUCCGCUUUUUCCCGUUGAUAAAACAAUAGAAACUCCGCUGAAUUUAUUCUCUCCCACAGCUCAAUUUCAGAGAAAAGUGAGAAACUUCAGAAGCUAUAUUGCUAUAUACUCUGCUUUGAGCUGAAGGAAUUUAUUUGGCGUUUGUUACUGGGGGUUGCUUCCAUUUUCAAAAGAUUCAAGCUCUGUAAAACACAUUCUUCUUCGUUAAUUCACGAGGGGGGCCUUUAUAUUUUGCUAUUUCCUUCCCUUGAUGUGAUUCGAAGAAACCCAACUUCCCAAAUCUAGCCGUUCGAACCCAAAAUUUGUCGUUUCCUUUCUGCCGUUUUUCCGUUCCUGUGAUGAAAAUUCUCGAGCUCUUGUAGCUGGAAAUAUUGAUUUGGAGCUUUGGCAUGGGUUUGGGGUUUAUUUGAAUUUUUGGUAGCGGAGAAUGCUGGCAUUUUUGGAGAUGAAAAAGCUACUGGGGGGGUUUUUCGUUUUGUUCUUCGUCUUCUUCGUGGCUCCAGUGUUCGUGAGAUCUCUGAACCCACCUCUGAACGACGACGUUUUGGGUCUGAUAGUGUUCAAGGCCGACAUUGAAGACCCUGAAGGGAAACUCGCGUCUUGGAAUGAAGAUGACGAUAGCCCCUGUAAUUGGGUUGGUGUAAAAUGCAACCCCAGAUCCAAUAGAGUCGUUGAACUCGACCUCGGCGGCUUCUCUCUCUCCGGCAGGCUCGGCCGUGGCCUUCUUCAGCUGCAGUUUCUUCGGAAACUAUCUCUUUCGAACAAUAAUCUCACCGGAAAUCUAAGCCCCAAUAAUGCUCGCUUCGAAAAUCUCCGGCUGGUCGACUUGAGCGGCAACGGUUUUUCCGGGACGAUUCCGGAUGAUUUCUUCCGGCAAUGUGGGUCGUUGAGAGUAAUUUCUUUAGCUAACAACAAACUUUCCGGGAAAAUCCCCGAAAGUUUGGGUUCUUGUUCUAGUCUUGCUGCGGUUAACUUAUCCUCUAAUCAGUUUUCUGGUUUGUUACCUUCUGCGAUUUGGUCCUUGACCGGGCUUCGGUCUUUGGAUUUGUCUGACAAUGUUUUGGAAGGGGAAAUUCCGCAGGAGGUGAAGGGGAUGAAUAAUUUGCGAGGUAUUAAUUUGGGGAAGAAUCGGUUUUCUGGGCAGAUCCCAGAUGGGAUUGGGAGUUGUUUGCUCUUGAGGUCUGUUGAUCUCGGUGAGAAUUCUUUCUCCGGUGACAUUCCGGCGACAAUGCAGAAGCUUAGUUUAUGCAGUAAUCUUAAUUUGAGAAGGAACUUAUUUGAAGGGAAGGUUCCUGAAUGGAUUGGUGAAAUGGAAGGCCUUGAAGUCUUGGACCUUUCAGGAAAUAGAUUUUCUGGUCAGGUUCCAAGUUCAUUUGGGAAUCUUCAAAAUCUGAAGGUUUUGAAUCUUUCUGAAAAUGGUUUGACUGGUAGCUUGGCAGAGUCCAUAGUUCCUUCUCAAAACCUUUCAACCAUGGAUCUCAGCCAUAGUUCUCUCACCGGCGUUAUUCCGGUGUGGAUGCUGAAGCUGGGUUCUCAAAAUGUGUUGCCUUCUGAUGUCAAAAGAAGCUCUCUUUCUACAACAGUGGGAAAAGCACUUGUUAAUCUUCAAGUUUUAGAUUUAUCUCACAAUGCAUUUUCUGGUGAAAUUUCACCCGAGAUUGGGAUGUUAAGUAGCUUGCAGGUGUUGAACCUGUGUAAGAACUCACUUGUUGGGACUACACCGAAGAGUAUUGGACGACUGAAGGCCUUGGUUCUUCUCAACUUGAGUGAGAACCAGUUGAACGGAAGUAUUCCCGAAGAAAUCGGUGAGGUCGUAUCGUUGAAAGAAUUGAGACUGGAGAAGAACUUGCUGGAGGGUGAAGUUCCAGAGUCAAUAGGGAACUGUUCGUCACUUGUAACUUUGGACGUGUCGGAAAACAGAUUAACUGGCUCCAUACCAGCAGCAUUGUCUAAACUGACUGAUCUUCAAAUUGUGGAUUUAUCAACAAACAAUCUCAGUGGUGCACUGCCAAAGCAAUUGUCCAAUCUUCCCAACCUUAUUUUGUUUAACAUUUCCCACAACAACCUUCAAGGUGAACUGCCUGCAGGUGGCUUUUUCAACACAAUUUCCCCUUCCUCUUUGGCUGGAAAUCCCUCUCUUUGUGGUUCCAUUGUCAAGAAAUCUUGCCCUGGUGUCCUUCCAAAACCCAUUGUUCUCAACCCCAACUCAUCUUCCGACUCUGCUUCUCCUUCAUUACCUUCAACUCUUGGUCACAAAAGAAUCAUCCUCAGCAUCUCUGCACUCAUUGCCAUUGGUGCAGCAGCCGUUAUCCUUGUUGGUGUAGUUGCGAUCACCGUCCUUAACUUCCACGUUCGGUCGUCUGAAAAUCAUCCUGCGGUAGCCAUCGCAUUCUCUGGAGGGGAUGACUUCAGCCACUCCCCAACUACGGAUGCAAAUUCUGGCAAGCUAGUCAUGUUCUCGGGAGAGCCCGACUUCAGUACUGGAGCACAUGCCCUUCUUAACAAGGACUGCGAGCUUGGCCGUGGCGGAUUUGGAGCGGUUUACCAAACUGUUCUUCGUGACGGGCAUCCAGUUGCAAUCAAAAAGCUUACUGUUUCAAGUCUUGUCAAAUCUCAAGAAGACUUUGAGAGGGAGGUUAAGAAGUUGGGGAAGGUCAGGCACCAAAAUCUUGUGGCUCUAGAAGGCUACUACUGGACUCCAUCACUACAGCUUCUCAUAUAUGAAUUCGUUUCUGGAGGGAGUUUGUAUAAACAUCUUCAUGAAGGAUUGGGCGGGAGCGUCCUCUCGUGGAACGAGCGGUUCAACAUAAUCCUCGGAACAGCGAAAAGCUUGGCACAUUUGCACCAAAUGAACAUCAUCCACUACAACAUAAAAUCAAGCAAUGUUCUGAUUGAUGGCUCAGGCGAACCUAAAGUUGGAGAUUUUGGCCUAGCAAGAUUGUUACCGAUGCUUGACCGAUACGUGUUAAGCAGCAAGAUACAGAGUGCACUUGGCUACAUGGCGCCCGAGUUUGCCUGCAAGACAGUUAAGAUAACCGAGAAAUGUGACGUGUAUGGGUUUGGAGUUCUGGUUCUUGAGGUGGUAACUGGGAAGAGACCUGUUGAGUACAUGGAAGACGACGUCGUGGUACUCUGCGACAUGGUUCGUCGGGCGUUGGAAGAAGGUCGGGUGGAGGAUUGCAUCGACGGGAAGCUCCAGAGGAACUUCCCAUCUGAGGAGGCCAUACCAGUUGUGAAACUAGGCUUGAUAUGCACCUCUCAGGUGCCAUCAAACCGGCCUGAUAUGACAGAGGUUGUUAAUAUAUUAGAGCUGAUCAGAUGUCCAUCGGAAGGCCAAGAGGAAUUGGGAUAAAUCCAGUUUGGUUUGUUACAAAUCUGAAGGGGAUUCAACACAGAUCAUUGGCGAAGAAGAAUCCGGUCUGGUUUCGAUCAAUCUUAAGGUAGACAAAAACAUCAAAAUGUUGAGAGUUCUCUGUUUCUUUUUCCUUUUGCUGUAGUUUUGUUGAUUCCUGUUGUAUUUAGUAGUUCUCUUGUGUAUGCUUUAGAAUUCUCCGGAUUCCUCUUCACCGGGUUCGAAUUCGGAUCCCCAAUCAAAAGUCGUUAACCGUUCACUAAUCUU